UAGUACGGAGACUGCCGCAAGCGUGGAACUCAGUCCCCCACUCACCCUGACCACGGUCCUCGAGCAACAGCCGCCGGCGCAUAGAACAAAGCCACCGCUGCCUGCACGCGCACCCGCGAGCUUCACCCACCAUGAAGGACCCCAUCGAGACGGCCAAGCAGCUCGUGCGGACUGUAGUGCGCAUGUUCUACGAGAUCGAGCACGUCGUCGUCAUGGAUGCGCUCUGCUACCACGGCGCGCUGCCCGUCAACGACCUCGUCCUUGUUCUCGAAGCUGGCAAGAACACAAAGCACGUGGGCAAGAUUGUGGGAAAGCUCAAGGAGGCAGGCAUGUGUGCUGUAUACACGCAGCAAGUCAUGCGCGAGGGCGCAACGAAGCAGACCAGCCGCGAGUACUACUACAUAGACUACCGACGCGCCAUCGAUGCCUGCAAGUACAAGAUCCACAAGAUUGACGAGAUGGUCAAGAAAAAUGCGAAGCCCACUGCCGAGAAAGCUGAGCUCAAGUGCGCGCGCUGCCGCUCCCAAUACACAACCAUGGACGUCCUAAACAGCAUCGACCCGGAACCGUCAGCUGAAUCGAGCGGGUUCCUGUGCUUGAGGUGCGGUCAUCCACUGGACGAGAUCGAUGCUGGUGGUCAGGCCGAUGAUAUGGCGGACGAUACUCCCGCAAAGUUCAACAAGAUGUUUAGUCCGCUCUUGAACCUGAUGGCUGAGAUAGAUCAAAUGAAGAUUCCACACGUAGAGGGCAAGGACGCAGUUGAUGCGAAGAUUGACCUGCCGCGCGACAAGAACAUCGACCCUGGUACAAGACACGAAGUCGUCGAGACUGUUGUCGCGAGACCCACGGCUGUCAGGGGCAUAGACACUGGCCCAGAGAAGAUCAGCAUCCAGAUCAGCUCCACUGCUGAGCAGAACGAGAAGCAGCGCGCAGCUGAGAAGGCACGGAAAGCCAAGACUGACACGCAAAACCAGCUUCCGGAGUGGCACGUUCGCUCUACUGUGAUCAAAGAUGCAAACGGCACUACUACCACUGUCAAGGAAGAGUCAAACGGCACAGACUCGACGCUCAUCAAGACAGAAGCCCCUGAGGCUGCGGGCGCUGGUCCGAACCUGGACGACGUCUUUGCUCAAAUAGAGGCUGAACGAAGGAAAAACAACCAAGACGCGGAGGACGAUGACGACGACGAUGAUGACGAUGACGAGUUCGAAGAUGUCGCUGUAGGCACCCCAAGCACGGUUCCUGACGCAAAGCGCGUGAAGCUUGAAUCCUCGGCCGCACCCACACCUUCCAAUGCAGCGACGCCAGCGGCAUCAAACGGUGAAGGUGGAGAUGAGAGUGAAGAGGACGAGUUUGAGGAUGUGAAUUGA